UUUUGGAUCACAUCCUAGAAUGUUUUCUUUUGCCUUUGUUUGCUGUAUUUGAGAUUCUGAGGAACCGGCAGAAAUCUUCUUGGGUGAAGCAACUGCGUUGACUCGUGUCGGCUGCAAACCCACCAAAGAAGAUGGCCGGUGCCAAAAAUCAAGUAAUUCCUGUAGUGUCGCAGCAACCAAGGCAAAACCAGCAGUCAAGAGCCUCUAAAUCUGCUUCCCAGAAGACAAGAUGGUCAACAAAGGUCCUUGAUUGCACAGCUGAUAUGCCCGUCUGCAUCUGCGGAUGGUGUUUUGGUCCAUUAUUGGCCUGCCAACUGGCUAAGAGAUAUGAUGAGUCUUGCUGUCUUCCCUUUUUGCCGGGGGGUGUAGUGGCGCUGCGAACAAAGAUGAGACAGAAAUACAACAUCGAGGGAAACAUUUUGGAUGAUGCCAUGGCAUCGUUUUUCCCAUGCACCCUCUGUCAGAUGGCCCGCGAGUACAAAGCACGUCACACAUAAUGUGAAGAGCAGCUCUCAACCUGAAGCUUGUCUUUGACUGAUUGAAUAAAGACAAAGAGAGGCUUCA